UUUUAUUACCAGCUGUGUUCGUGUAUAUGGUGAUCUGUUUUGUCUACUGAGACAGAUGGCCCGUGGACAUAUACAUGGGUGGAUGCGAAUACAAGGCUGAAAUACCGUGGUUCACGAGACUGUUUUUUAUGAAUAUGCAAUUAACUACAAAAACCUAUCUAAAAACCGGAUAAUUUGUCUAUCAAUUUUCAUUUUAGUCCAUUCUCAAAACACGAAACGUUACUUGGAUGUGAUGCGGUCUCCGUUUUUACACGGACAUAUAUUGUGAUACGAGUCCGUGCUUUUAACAAGCGUUCAAAACGUUUUCGACUUUGAAUUGGAGAAAACAAAUUUCUACCAACCAAUGUGGAUUAUUCAGAGUCAAUUUAAUAAGGAGAAAUACUCUGGAAGGAACCUCAUAAAUCGAACCUCACCAAGGCCUGGUUGUAUCGUCAGUAUAAGAUCUGAGAAUCAUCUGGUGUCAUGGCGCUGACUACUACUGUGUCAAGGUGUGGACAACUAUUGGCGUGACGGAUGACGGGUGGCACUGGUCACAAACUGACCACAAACUGACCACAACCCAGCGUGAAUAAUUCUCAGCUUGUAACACCUCACCAGUAUAUGACAUGGGCAAACUAUAAAAUCCAGGAGUUCGUUUCAAUCCAUGGAAGUGAGCGUCCGUGACGCUGAGAGUUAACGUUAGUCCAACUCAACUCAAGUGAAAAUAAGUUCGCAACAGGGAAUUAGAAAAAGGUGACCUUUUCGUCGGUGAAACAUCUCAUUUUAAUUUCUUUCGGCGGCGGAGCUUGUGACUUUGGGAUAUAAUGUGAACAGACACGAAACUGUCCGUGUGUGUUGUGUGUGUCUGUGCUGUGUGUUUUCGUGGGCCGUGCAGGGUAUGAGAAAGAGUACAGGGUAUGUCAUGAUGGGAAUUGGAUUUACACUCGGAAUUGUGUUGGGGCUGCUAAUACAGCUUCCGGUUAUCACCCUCCCAACUUCCGGUCGGGAGCAUCGUGCCCUGGAACUAGACCUCGUGGGGUCGGAGCCAGACAUUCGAAAGAGGGUACUGACGAACGGUUUAAAUAACGGCGAUAUUAAUAAUGUAUUAAGGAAUGGUGAAGGGUUGAACGGAAUUACACAGAAUUAUCCUUUAAGAGGAUUGAAACAUUCACUUCACAGCGUUGUUUAUCCCACAAACAAUGGAAGUAAGUCGCACUUACAGGAGAAAUCUGUGCCGAUCCCUGAUAUUACACGAGAUUACCAGCAACAAUCCGCCAAUCAGCCAAUUGUUUCACCUCCGGCAAGUGAGCUGGACAUCCCCAAGCAGGAUCAGCGAGGUGCUUCCUGGGUCAAGGCUGUUUCGGACAUGGUUGACGGGAUAAUGUGGUCGUCUGCAUUGGAAAAAAGCUGUUUACCAGCUGGACAAUCCGAUAAAGAACAAAACCAAUGGCGUGAAAAAUCGUCCCGCUCAAAAGUUGUAAAAAUGAGUGAGGGAUGUGGGAGGAUGCAGAAUCGUCUGCUCAUGUUGUCUGACGGGACACGCGCAUGCGCAAGGUAUCGUCUCAACACGGAUCAAAUUCAAGGAGAAAUUUAUUCAUUUUAUCUUGGGAGAUUACUACGCAUUAAUAAUCUUUUACCAACAGUGCUAAGUGUGGUCAACUCUCACAGUGACCACUGGCGGACAGUUCAUACGGAGAUGGCUAAUGCCCAGUGGUCAGACAAUAAGGUAGUCGUGUUAACACGGUGGUCAGAGGGACUGAACCCUGCCUACAUACCCGUCCACCUCCGGGGGGACGACCGCGCGCUCCUUCCAACAUCCGGGUCACUGGGUGACAUGGGCGCGUGCGAACUGUUGCAGUGGUCAGAUCUUAUAGUGUUUGAUUAUUUAAUUGCUAACCUUGACCGCGUGGUCAACAAUAUCCAUAACAAACAAUGGAAUAGUCAGAUGAUGGAAAGCCCCGCCCACAAUCUCGAGCGGGAUACAGACGGAAAUCUCGUUUUCAUGGACAAUGAGUCGGGGUUGUUCCAUGGCUACCGGCUCUUGGACAAAUAUUCAUCAUAUCAUAAAUCUUUAUUAAACUCAUUGUGUGUGUUUAGAAACAGUACAGCAAAUAUCAUUGAACGUUUACAUCUCUCUGGUAACGUCGGCGAGGAACUGCACCAACUUUUUGUCAGGGAAGAGCCCUCACAUACCUCUGUCCCGACCAUUCCAAAAAAGAACAUGGAAAUUCUACAGCAACGAGUUAGUGAUGUGUAUGAACAAAUUCAGCAUUGUCGAGCCCGCUUUAUGUAACAAUCAUUUGACUAUUUUAGAAAUAUACAGUAAAACCUGUCUAAUCCGACACGGUCAGAAACAACGUAUUUGUCGGAAUAUACAGUGUCUUAGUAGUAUUAUCAUCUUCUCGGUAGAAUUGGAUUAACGUGAAGGUCAUUAUGACUAAGGAUGAUGUCGGAAUACUAAUGUGUCGGAUUAGACAGGUUUCACAUUAAUCUCAUACUUUGCUCAAUUUCGUAAACUUGUAUUUCAAUUGCUCCAUGAUUUGACAAUAUUAUGGCUGUAAUCUAUUUCUCAUCUGUCUGACACAAAGUCCUACUUUCGAUUAUGAAUUAAUGAGAAAAAGCCUGUAUUAAAAAAUAGCAGAUACUUUUACAUAAACUCUGAAUUCAAAAGCUGAUAUCGGUAGUUUAAGAAAAAGUCACAUCGUGUUUAUCUUUUUAGAAAAAAUAAACUAAAUUAUUAUAUAUCUAUAAAUAUUAAUUUUCCGACUAUCUCGGUAAGUCAACAAGACAUUUUUCAAAAGGCGUUUCAUUUAAGAUUCGUCAAAGAAAAAAAAAAACAAAAUCAAAAACAGGACUUAACAUAGUAGCAAUGUCAAUCCUUUCAUUGCCUAUGCUAUAUAUGACCGUCAGUUAUACCAAUUUCAAAGCCAGAUAUUUGUCAUGUCAGGGGUUGUGUAAAAUAGUUUUUGAAUUGAGUUAUGAGAGAGAAAUGGACCAUUUCGAAAGCUACUAAACACUAUUGGUAUUUUGUUUUUAAAUUCACGAUAAUUUAAUAAUUAUAGUCUAAUCAAUAACUUUAUACAAAAUACAAAAUGAAGUAGAAACUAUUUUUAACAAAACAAAAAAUAAAUAAAUAAAAAUAACGAUAAAUGAUCUCCAACGGAGUACAUGUACAAGCCAUCUGAGAUGUAUUAAAAUAAUUCCACCCUGCUUUAGAGUUUCCGGAACGGUCCAUUUUAAUUUUAGAUAUAUGCUUUAUCUACCAAGAGUAGAUUUUGUCUACAAGACACCCGCAAUAAGUGUUACCUGAACUCAAAGUAUGCUUGGUAUGUGAUAUAUGCAAAGAGAAUAUUAUUUAUAUCUGUGAUAUUGUAGAUUAUCUCCCCUUGUAAAGGGAUUGUGAGUGCUGAAUACCAAAUAUGGUGUUAACCUGUUGUUUAUAUAUCGUUAAAACGUCAUUAAAAUGUUUGAAAGUGUCGCAAGUAUGUUCGAGGUAUUUGAGGAAUGUAAAAGCGUUCUGAUGAUUGAGAAUGAGCGAGAUGUCAUGUGUGGGUGACGAUGAAAGUUACGAUAUGAUAUUCCAUAGAAUAUAAAUCAAAUAUUUUCUGUUUCACUUAAAAAAAUAUUAUCUGCUUUGAAGAGUUCAUUUUAUUACGCAUAUACUAACUUGUGAGUAACAAAUGUUUUUGAAUUAUUUAUUGACGCAAAAUGUUUUCUUUUUCUAAUCUAAGGAAAGUCUGGUUUUCAUCACUCCAUAUUUAAAAUCAAUGUCUUCUACACAAAUAUUUUUAUCAUUUUGUUAUAUCUUCAAAAACAAAAGAAAUAUAAAAGUUUCAAUCAAUGUAUUAGUAUUAUGAAUUUUAUUAAUAGUUUAAAGAUAUUUCAUUACAAAAUAGUUUUAGAAAACGAUUGGGCACAAGUUUUAUCAAUUUGUAUAUUCGCCCUUUACUUCAUAGGUGCAUGAAAAACAAUUCAUUAAUUUCAAGUAGUUAGAAAUCAAGAGUGUUUGAAAGAAUGUGUAAAUAUGUUUCGUAAAUGAUAUGAAUGACAGAAGAAAAAAUGGAUGAAUACGCACGUGACUAUAAAUAUAACAGAAAAUAAACAUUGAAACUUGA